GGAUCUUCAGAGGCAUGCGACCUGCACUCUCGACUUCCUGACCGACACUUUGUGUGUCGCGACAAUGGCAUUCUAAAAUCAACAUCUCAAUCGACAGUGCAGUGACAACGUGAUAUUGGCUCAAAAUGGGGUCAUCAAGCGAGGAAACUCUCAAAAACAUACAAAAAACACUCGAACCUUACAUCCGGCCGAGAGAGGAAGUUGCACGUAUAAGACAGAUUUUGGCUGUUCAUCUCGGCACAUGCAUCAACGAUGGCGGUGCAGUUGGCCCCCUGGCUCUUGUUGGUACGGAUCACAUUUCGUCCCCUUCGACCGCUCGGGGUCUGCAGAAAGAAUACCUCGAGGCCUUGAGCGCAAAUAUCAAGGCUCGUGAUGAGUUUGCCGCUUGUUGCCAUGAGCAGCCGCGACCAAAGGAAAAUACAACGAGCACCGAUGAGAAAGGUGCAGACCGACUACAGGAACAUCUCACCGCGAUCCGCCUUCGACAAAGACGCGAUAAAUUGCAAGUCAUCGAGGGGGGUCUUACCUCGCUGGGCCAAAAACCAGCCGCCUCGCCCAACUUCCUGGCACCCGAGGAAAUCUUCAGGGAUUCCAGGCCACUUCCUGAUAUGCCCAGGGAAUUAGUGACUGCUCUCACGCUUGACAAUGCAAACACCGGUCCACACAUCAAGGGGCUCGUCGAUCAACUGGAGAAGCACGUUCUGCAGACGAAGCUCCUGCUGCAACGUGAGGAACAACUACUGGAGAAGAUCAAGUCACGAUCCACCGUCAGGCCAGAGAGCGUUAGUCAAGGCGCGAAAUUCGAGGCCUUGAACAAGACGAGGGAGACGCUUAUCAACUGGAUCGAGACCGAGCUGGGCAAGGCGGCAGGGGAGGAUGGUGGUGCGGAGGGGCAGGGAGCCCAGAAGCAUCGGCCACAUGCAGAGUCUCUUAACAUGGAGGAGCAGCUGGCUAGCAUCCAGGAGAAGUAUGCGCAAUACCUCGAGGCGAGAAAGACUCUUCUUCAACUUGUCAGCCAACAACCGCAGCCGACCAUCAAGCCCCCCGCAAAGGAAGCGAAACCACAAGCUCUAACGACACCCAAACCGCCUCCCACGGCACACCUUCUCUCCCCGUACCUCGAGCAACUGAUGUCCAUUUCCCGCGAGCAAAAAGGGCUUAUCGCCCACAAAUCGCACGUCAAUGGAACCAUUUCCAAGCAGGUGAAAGAAAACAGCCAGAUCAUCGACCACUUGGCCGAAGAGAGUCAUCUCAUACCGGCGCAUCCAAUGCCAGGAGGGGUGCGAGCCAAUGCAGCAUUUGCCGAGGCUACGUCGAUGACCGGAGAACCUGGGCCCUCCGACCGGGUGAGGCCGUGGGUGUUCGCGGCCGACUCCGCCAAGAUCUCUACUUUGGAAGCCGUGGCCGAGAAGGUUGAGGAGGGACAGGUUGCGCUCGAGGGCACGAUGCGUAGGUUUGGGGAGAUCGAAGAGUUGCUAGGGCAACCCCCAAACAAUCAACGGAAAGACAAGGGGGCUAAGGCCGGGGAGGAUGAUGUCUGGUUGGCGGAAGGCCGCCCAUCAGGGAGGACGGCCGGGGCGCGGAAGCAUACCAUCGGAAAGGCAGAGAAGCCGGCGCAGCCCAAGACGGUGUGGGACACGUUGGACGGAAAUCUCGGGCUGCUUCGAGCCGAGAAAGAUGCCUCUUAAAUCACAGCAAUGAACAGCACACCCUAUUUAUUCCUUUGCCUG